GUGAUGACAUCAUCAAUUCCAGACAUACACCAGAAAUGCUCUGAAGCUCCUCCCCAAACAUUUCAGCACGCUGGCUCAGUAGAGAACCAAAGACAUGAUGACUCCUCCUCCUCCACUUCCUGUUCCUGUCCCAAAGCCCCGAGCUCGCUAUGCCAGGACCAGUCUGAGCUCCUCUUCAGACAUAGAUGUUAUCGGUGAAAAUCUACAACCAGGUUUCUCUAAUGGAGUUCACCUGAACACAGAUAAAGAAGCUCCUCCUCCUCCUCCUCUCAGUGGGUCGGACCAUGGCGCCGUCUUCCCGACUCUAUCCGGCGUCACUGACAUCAUCGCCUCCAGCAUCCCAUCAUUGGCUGGAUUUGCCACCUCCAUCGGUGGCUCCGCCCCCUCGGCCCCCUUGGCCCCCUUGGCCCCCUCGGCCCCCUCAGCCCCCCCCUCCAUCGACAGCGUGGCUAACAGUAUUGCCGGCCACAUACCUAGCUUAGCAGGAACUGCUAGCGCUGUGGCUAAUCCAGCAGUCACUUUGGACUCUGUAUCCCCCUCUGCGCCUCCUUCUAACACAGCUGCUGUUAGCUUAGACAGCAUCAUUAGCUCGUUAGCUAACAUACCCAGUUUAGCAGGGAUUGUUAGCAGUGUGGCUAACCCUGCUGUUAGCUCCGUAACGACCCCUGCCACCUCGUCAGACCCGCUGUCCAAACCGCUGAGUAUUGGAGCAGCUCACACAGAUGUUGGAGCGUUGUCCCAGCUGGUGAUGUCAACUUUAGACCAAAACGCUGACGUUACAUUACCUCCACUAGAGGGAGCUGCUGAGCCAACGGAGGAAGUUUACAAACGGUCUCCUCAUGCCGUUAGAGAAGAACGUCCGUAUUCCACCGUGUUGGCUUGUUGGACGAGCACAGAGGAAGCUGAAUCUGACUCCUCCAAUGAGGAGGAAGAAACAGGAGCUAGCCAAUCCCUCCCCGGAGCCACAGAACCAACGGGAGAAGAUCCUGCUUCUAAUCAGAACUCAACCACUAACAACAGCCUCCCGUCCAAUCCUUCAGGUCGGCUGGUGCCCAAACGGCCAGCCCCGCCCCCUCCUCAUCUUCUUGGCCAAUCAGGAAAGCCUCUGAAACAGAAGACACCCAGAGCGGCUACUAUCCGAGUGUCCAGGAAGAAGGGGGUCAGCGGGAGUUCAACUCCACAGAGCGCCGUGGUCCGAGCCAGCUGGCUGGACGUCUGGAAGGGCUUCAGACACAAUGUUUUAUGGGCGACGUUGGAUGGACAGCUGAUGUCUCUGUGGAAGAAACGCACAGACCAGUUCAGUGAGGUGCUCUUUCAUGUCUCCAGUAUCACCAAGGUGAAGAAACAAGACAAAUGCAGAUUCUCGGUUUACUUCAAGAAGAAACAUUAUGACUUCGUGGCUCAUAACGAUGAGGUUCAUGAAGGUUGGGUCACGUCUCUGCUGGCUUGUCGAGGUAAGCCAAGCCCCGCCCCUCCAGUUCUCCACGGACCAAUCACCAUCAAGGAGCCACGGAGCCGUGCCUACGCCGCCCUCUGGGGUCACGACCUCUGGAUUUACCCCAACAAGGAGAGCUUCCAGCUGGGCAUCGCCUCCUUCUCCGUCCCCCUGAACGUAGCCUCGGUCAAACCUGCGGGGAAACACUCGUUUAGCCUCAUCACUCCAUACAAGAGCUUCAAUCUGUCUGUUGAUUCGUCGAAGGAUCAGUCCCUCUGGGUGGAUACUCUGUCUGCGUCUAUCUGCGGCGCUCUGUCCAGCAGCCAGGUGGCGCUGCGUCUCUGGGAAAAUCCUGACAACAAAGUGUGUGGUGACUGCGGCUCGGCCAAUCCUGAGUGGGCGUCGGUCAACCUGCUGCUGGUCAUCUGUCAGGCCUGUGCAGGUCAGCAUCGAGCUCUGGGCAGCAGCCUGUCCAAGGUACGCAGUCUGAAGAUGGACAACAAGAUCUGGACUGAACCACUGCUACAGCUGUUUCUUCGCUACGGUAACCGUCUGGCCAAUCAGGUGUGGGCUCCGGCAGUGCCGGCGGCGGAGCAGCUGCGACCCGAGUCGUCGGAUGAGGAGAGGUCAAAGUUCAUCCAGGAUAAAUACAGCAGGGGGCGCUACAGACGGGUCCACCCUCUGACCUCGUCACAAGAUCUGGAUCAGAGGCUGCGUCAGGUGGUGUGUGGAGAGGACAUAGAGGAGACGAUGUCUCUGAUCUGCUCAGGAGCAAAGGUGUGUCAGACGGACCUCCAGAGCCCCUCCCCCAUCCUGCUGGCUGAGAGGGCCGGCCAGGCUCUGCAGACCGAGCUGCUGCGCCUCAACGAGUACACAGACGUCCCGCCUCACCUGCCCCAGUCAGCCAAUAGGAGACGUGAUUCCACUCCCUCAGGUGAGGAAGACGAGGAGCUUCAUGGUAAACUGGAGGAAGAUCGUUUUCUCUUCUCGUUAGAAAACCAAUCGGCAGCGUGUGACGUGCUGGACCUGCGGGAGGUUCUGUCCGUGUUUCUGAAAGACGG